UGGCAUCAUUUUAUUGUGUGACCCAUGACAAAAAGAAAAGAAAUAAAAACUUGCCCCUUCCUUCUCUCACAGAUCAUUCUAGGGUUCCUGACAAAAAAACCAAAUACCUUUUUCUCUUUCCAUUUUUGUAGAAUAUCUAUCAGCUCUUUCUUCUCCUCCCCAACCAAAGUCUCUUCUUUGUGUAAUCCGUCCAAAAAUCUUUCGCAAUGAUCUUUUCCUAAUUAAUUAAGAAGUUCUUGAUUUAAACCUUGUACCCUCUCUUCACAAACGAGCUUAUCUCUUCUUCAAUUUUCUCUGCCGACAUUUAAUUACUCUCCCCUUUCUGAUCUUGUGGCAGAAAAAGGUCAAAAAAGAAGAAAAAAUGGUGAGAGGAAAGAUAGAGAUGAAGAAAAUAGAAAACGCGACGAGUAGACAAGUGACUUUCUCAAAAAGAAGAAAUGGUUUGUUGAAGAAAGCUUAUGAGCUCUCAGUGCUCUGUGAUGCUCAAGUCUCCCUCAUCAUCUUCUCUCAGAGAGGAAGGCUUUAUGAAUUCUCUAGCUCUGAUAUGAAGAAGACGAUCGAACGCUACCGCAAGUACACAAAAGAUCAUGAAACCAGCAAUCACGACUCAGAAAUUUACAUACAGCAAUUAAAGCAAGAAGCAAGCCACAUGAUAACAAAGAUUGACCUCCUUGAGGUUCACAAACGGAAGCUGUUGGGACAAGGAAUUGCUUCUUGUUCUCUAGAAGACCUUCAGGAAAUCGAUAGUCAACUCCAAAAAAGUCUAGGCAAGGUGCGAGCAAGAAAGGCUCAGUUGUUCAAGGAGCAGGUGGAGAAUCUAAAAGCAAAGGAGAAACAAUUGUUAGAAGAGAACGUCAAAUUACAUCAAAAGAAUGUUAUAGAUACAUGGAGAGGAUCGAAUGAACACCAAGAGAAAUACAGAGUUAUAGAUCUGAAUUUGGAUGUUCAAACUGAUUUAUUCAUCGGUUUGCCAGAUAGAAACUGCUAGUAACAUUUUAUUUUUAUGUUUAUUUAUUUAUCAUGAAAUUUGCAAAAUCAUUCAAUAAAUUGUGCCAUAAUGAUUUGGGAUAAUAUCUCUCUUUAGUAUAGUUGUUGUAAUUCUAGUCCUUACAUAUAAUUAAAGAGAGUAGUAUGUAUCUAUACAUUCAAAAUCCUUCAGCUAAUUGUGAGGUAUGAUAUUAUAUAA